AUGGAGAAUCGUAAAGGUGGAAACUUGAGCAGCAUACCAAGCUCUGAAGCUUUGACUACGACGCUCCGUAAUGCGAUUCAAGCUCUAGGUCGCGGCUUUGAUGUCACAUCUGAUGUUCGGCUUCUCUAUUGCAAAGGAGCUCCUGGGUCAAGGCUAGUUCGUAUCGAAGAAGGACAGAACAGAGAUCUUGACUUGUCUGAUGGAUAUGUUCUUCCUAAUGUUCCUGUUGAUAUUGAGUGUUCUCGAGGCAGAAAUAGCAUUCAGAGAAUCCCUGUUUGCACUUUCCAUCAGAUGGCAGAAUACUUCAAUGAGAGAUCAGGUGUAAAAGGGAACAUACCGCUUGGAUGUUUUAACGCUAUGUUCAAUUACACGGGUUCUUGGCAAGUCGAUGCAGCAUCCACGAAAUCUCUUGCACUGGUUGGAUAUUUUAUACCGCUUUAUGAAGUCAAAUUGGCAAAGCUUACAUUGGUUUUGCGCAACGAGAUCAGACGAGCUAUUCCUUCCUCAUGGGAUCCUGCUUUGUUAGCUAGCUUUAUUGAAAAUUACGGUACUCAUAUUGUAACUUCGGUGACGAUUGGUGGAAGAGACGUAGUUUACAUCAGACAGCAUCAGUCUUCUCCUUUACCGGUAUCUGAAAUCGAGAACUAUGUCAAUGACAUGACGGAGCAUAGGUUUCAUGAAGAAGAGAGUCAAUCUAUUACUGGCCCUUUAAAAUACAAAGACAAGGAUAUUACAGUAAUAUUUAGGCGAAGAGGAGGUGACGAUCUUGAGCAAAGCCAUGCUCGAUGGGCUGAGACAGUACCCGCAGCUCCAGACAUUAUCAACAUGACUUUUACUCCCAUUGUUUCUCUGCUCGAAGGUGUACCUGGUCUAAGGCAUUUAACUCGUGCUAUCGACCUUUAUUUGGAAUAUAAGCCUCCUAUCGAAGAUUUACAAUACUUCUUGGAUUUCCAAAUAGCUCGAGCUUGGGCUCCCGAACAGAGUAACCUCCAACGGAAAGAACCUGUGUGUCAAUCUCUUCAAUUUAGCUUAAUGGGUCCCAAACUAUUCAUCAGCGCUGAUCAGGUAACAGUUGGGCGUAAACCCGUCACAGGUCUCAGGCUAAGCUUAGAAGGAAGCAAACAAAACCGCCUCUCUAUCCAUUUACAACACUUAGUCUCCCUUCCCAAAAUUCUGCAGCCACAUUGGGACUCUCACGUACCAAUAGGUGCACCGAAAUGGCAAGGACCAGAGGAGCAAGAUAGCCGUUGGUUCGAGCCAAUCAAAUGGAAGAACUUCUCCCACGUAAGCACCUCGCCUAUAGAACACACCGAGACCCACAUCGGCGACCUCUCGGGCGUCCACAUUGUCACCGGAGCACAGCUCGGGGUAUGGGAUUUCGGAUCAAAAAAUGUUUUGCACCUAAAACUACUCUUCUCUAAAGUCCCCGGUUGUACAAUACGACGGUCUGUCUGGGACCACACUCCGGUCGCUUCCACCGCGAGACUGGAACCGGGAGGUCCAUCUACAUCGAGUUCGGCUGAGGAGAAGCGAGAGGACGUGUCAGGACAAUCAGGGAAACUAGCUAAGAUCGUUGAUUCAUCAGAGAUGUUGAAAGGACCACAAGAUUUGCCUGGACAUUGGCUUGUCACUGGAGCAAAGCUAGGCGUUGAAAAGGGUAAGAUUGUGUUGCGUGUGAAGUAUUCGUUGCUAAACUAUUGA